AUGGGAAAGCGGAUCCCCUCGGCGGCGGCGGCGGCGACGACUGCGAAUCUGCGGGACUUUGCUCGGCUCGCCGCCGGCAGGCUCGGGAAAGCGAGGCCCUGCCAGGCCUCUCUGAACUCCGCGUCCUCUCCAAAGGCCAUCGUGCGGUGUCGCGCGGGCGGUGCCGAUCCGUCAAUUGCCGGGCGGGUGGCGAUGGAGGAGGACCCGGAGCGCCGGGGCGAGAGGCUACCGCUUUCGGAGGUUGUGGCGGACUGUGUGAAGCGGUGGUUCCAGGAUACUCUCAAGGAGGCGAAAGCAGGGGACAUCGCGAUGCAGGUCCUGGUAGGGCAAAUGUACUACAACGGCUAUGGAAUUAACCGCAACGUGCAGAAGGUAAAAGCCUCGGUGCUCUUCUGUCUAAUCUUUUGGUUCAUGUUUUGGGAUUGCCGGUGUAAUAUCUGUCUUGCCUUUUUCCUCUGGGCUUUCUGUUGGUGUCGGGCUUUUGGGAUGCUCUGUUAGUUAUUGGCAUUUAUUGAUGGAAGCAUUUGUGAUGGCCUUCGUACUAAUUUGUGUACAUUUUCUUCAAUUUCUCUGAAAUUUUGUUUUUGAUUUCAAUGGUUUCAUUUCUGUUGGAUUACUCGCUCCUAAAACUUAUGCAUCGAGAAGCGUAAAGGCCGAUGUAUUUCGUUUUUUCUGCAUCAGAUACCACUUUGGGAGUUCUUUGGUUUCCAUAUGUUUCUUAGUAGUUUUCGAUUUUUCCAUAUGAAGCAAAGUUGAUUGGAAAUGGGCUGUUUGGACCAAAUUGAGGAUGAUGCUCUCUCUAUCAGGAUACAAGGUACUCUACCGAAUAUCGAUUAUCGAUUUGGUGUUUUUUGGUCCUUUUUAUCGAGUAUUUUGCUUCUUCAUCCCAUUCUGUUUCUAUUUGACUUUAAGAAAAAAAAAAUUAGAUUGCAUAUCAUCUACAAGAUUUUAUAGUUAUCUUUUAUUUAUCUUUUUACUUAUCAUUUUGUAUACUUUCUCAUCGGAAUCGGAGAUUACAGGGAAAGGCUUGGAUCUCAAGAGCUUCACGACAUCGGCCAUCUGCAUUAAAAGUUGCUGAUAAGUGUCCUGGUGAAUGAUCAUUCUUUACUACGAUUACACUGUUAUUUAGUUAUCGGGACCAUUUAUACCAAACAAUCCUUUUUGUAUGGUAAAUUUAGGAUACAAUGUCAGUGACUCCGACUCUGACGAGCUGAGUGGCGUUGCAAGGUGA